AAGGAAGGAAGGAAGGAAGGAAAGAAGGAAAGAAGGAAAGAAGGAAAGGAAAGAAGGAAAGGAAAGAAGGAAAGAAGGAAAGAAGGAAAGAAGGAAGGGGAUGAUAGGUAUUCCUACUCUCAGGGCAGGGCGACAGGACACAAUUAAUGUUCUGAGCAAGAUCUGUAUAUUUGUACAUAUUUUAAUCCUUAUGACCAUUUCCCACCCUUAUGGCUGUUGCAGCCUCCCCAUGCUCACAUGGUGCUUGACAACCGACUCGUACUUAUGACGGUUGCAGAGUCCUGGGGUCAUGUGAUCCAUUUUGUGACCUUCUGACAAGCCAAGUCAAUUUGAGCUCAAUUGUGGUCGUAAGUGGAGGACUACCUCUAUUCAAAGUGUGGAGUUAUCGAGGCGUUAUAAAGCGGUAUUUCCACUUUAUGUGUCCUUGAUUCUGUCCCGCCAUUAAUGCAUUUUAAGAACAGAAUAACAGAGUUGGAAGGGACCUUGGAGGUCAUCUAGUCCAACCUACUAUUCAAGCCGGAGACCCUAUUCCAUUCUGAACAAAUGGCUGUACAAACACUUCUUAAAAUCCUUUUAAAAAUGAUCAGAAAAGCGAAGAUCACUCAAACCCUCAUAUCACUGGAAUAUGAGCCAGCAGAGUGCUGCAGCCCUGCAGAUUUUACUCCGCUAGUCGCUCCUGACUACCUAGACUAGCCAAACCCAAAUCCUGCAACCGUUCUUCACGGUUUUUUGUCUGCAGGCCUUUGAGUUGCUCUUCUCUGCACUUUUCCCAAAAUCUCAACAACUUUUUUGUAACGUGGUGACCAAAACUGAAUGCCACAUUCUCCAGAAGCCCCCCAAUCACCCUUGUUGCUCUUCGCUUGAGCAGUAACUCUUCAUUCCCCCUCCCACGACGUCAGUCUAACCUCCGCAGGGGAGAGGGGGGACCCAGGGGAUGGGGAGGUGGCGAGAACCUGGGCAGGGGAGAUGGGCCAGCCACAGGGGCGGGACUUCUGGGGAAUGGGCGUGGCCUCUGCACAGAUAAGAUCCCCUGCCACCUGAGGCUCCGGCAGGGCGUUGCGGUCCAGGCUAACUGUUGGGAUUGCUCGCUUUGCCUCCGUGCCUGCCAGACUCUCUCUCUCUCUCUCUCUCAACAGCUCCAUGAUGCACUCCCAGAUGCCAGUCCAAUCCCUUCUCUGCACCCUCCUGAUGCUGCCUCUGGGGAUGCCUACGGGUCUUUCCCACAUGCCCAUCCCAAAUUCGGUGGCGCCGAUAGCCGCGGCCUUUGCUGUGAUAGAAUACAACAUGGAGCGGCAUGACAGUGCCACCUACUUUAAGGCACUGCAAAUUCUGUACGGGCAAUCACCGGCGGAUCUUCCGAACAGACACAAUUUUAAUGCCAGGUUGGUGAAAACUGUCUGUCUAAAGAUGCCCGGUAGCAUUCUGCCAUAUAAGAGGAUCGAGCAAUGUCGGCAACUUCCAGGCAGCACAGAGAUACACUGCUACUUUAAAGUCACAGCCCAUCCUGGGGGUACUAUGACCUUGGAUGUCAAAAGAUGCUCUGAUACUCCUGACACAAAUCGGCCAUGGAGUCCCCAAAUUCGCACUUCCUGAGUUUCUGAAAUUGUUCCCUGACAUACACUGAGGCCUUUCCUGGCGCUUCUGUUUUCUCUAAUUUUCAUCUUUGAGAAGAAUCGACAUUUUGCUAAUUCAGUCGAUUAGUCUUAAUAAAGCGAUCAUCAUGACGUUCCGUCUUGUCUUCCUUUCUUGUCCCAAUCCCAUCCAGCCUUCCCGUUUUCACGGCGACAGCACAAUGACACCAUGGCUUGUUCAAGAAAGCCUCCAGCCAUUGGGGUACUUUCCAAACUUCUGGAAACUUUGAUCCAUUUGACAGUUUUGAAGAACCAUAAUUAAGAUUUUUAACAGAAUUAAUACUGCUUGUUUCCCAAACUCUACUCCAAUUGCCAUAUUAUGCCAGUGAACAUGCCUAGCCCCUUGGGGACACAGAA